UAGUACGGUCAACUAUCCACGAUUUAAGAUUUUUAAAUAAAUACGAUUCUUGUUAGGGCGUUGAAAAGAACGAAACUAAAUACAACUUCACAGUACUUGUUCCAUCAACGUCACCGAUGAGUUUAUUUGGUGGAGUACGUGAUGUUUAGCGACUUCAUUACUAUAUAUGCAGUCUAGACGAGUUCUAUUCAGAUUUCAGACGAAGCUCGAGCAAUUCGGGGUCCAACAACAAGAAACAUUGUCUACAAUAAAAUCGAUGAAACUUUUACUCAUAAGUUUAUAAAUUUAUAAUGAUUGUUUUAAAGUUAUGUUAGACUGCGUUUAAUUGGAAAGUUAUAUCCGUAAGUGUUAAAAAUGGCUGAUUUGAUACGAGCGAUGGGGGCGCCGAUUGGACCCCCUAUAAAGGACAAGUUAGGAUCGCCCUCUACGGAGUCUGAAGACGGCGGCGGCGAUAUUGCCGAAUUGACUGCUGAUUUAGAACUCGACGAAGCUGACGGACCUAGCACUAAUGGAGAAAGGCAAGCCGUGUUGGCUCCUCCAGAAAGUGAGUGGUACCAUGGCAGGCUUGAUAGAUAUACUUCUGAAGAAAGAUUGUGGGCUACGGGAAAACAUGGCAGUUACCUGGUUCGAGAAAGUGAUCGAAAACCUGGAUCAUAUGUGUUAAGCUAUCUUGGACGUACUGGGAUCAAUCAUUUUCGCAUAACAGCUGUAUGCGGUGAUUACUAUAUUGGGGGUCGUCAAUUCGAUUCCCUCACGGAACUAGUUGGAUUCUACAGCCAUUGUUCGGAUUUAUUGAAACGUGAACGACUUGUUGAGCCCGUUCCACCUCCCGAACCUGUCAAUGAUAAGAAGCGCGUGGUCGCCAUCCUGCCCUACACCAAGAUGCCAGACACGGACGAGCUCACGUUUCAGAAGGGCGAUAUUUUCUUCGUACACAAUGACAUGGGAGACGGCUGGCUAUGGGUCACUGCACACAGGACGGGAGAGCAAGGAAUGAUCUUCAGGGAGCUGGUUGAAGACCUGGAUCCAUCAAUCGAUCCAAAUACUGUUUUCUCUUGGUUCCACCCUAAUUGUACUAAGAGUGAGGCAGUUGAUAUGCUAGUCAAAGCUGGGCCUGGAAGCUUUUUAGUCAGGCCUUCAGAUAACUCACCAGGCGAUUACUCCUUAUUCUUCCACAUCAAUAACCAGAUUCAAAGGUUCCGAAUCGAGAAGAAAGGUGUUCGAUACUUGAUGGGAGGGAGAACCUUUGAGUGUUUGGAUGCUGUGAUAAAUAGAUACAGGAAGGAACAAAUUGUCGAAGGACAUACACUUGGGCAGCCACUUAUAGCCGAAGGCCACCAAAUAGAACCGCAACAGAACACGACAGGCGCUGCAGCGGAGAAGAUAUACGCUACGCUUCGAGAAUGUAGGGACCAGAUUGGUUUGAAGAAGAUGAAGGGGAUCAAGCAUCAGGGAUACCUUCACAAGAAGUCGGAUAAGGCCGCUAAGAAAUGGAAAGCGCUCUAUUUCGUCCUCCUCCAAGAGGGGACGGACACACAUUUGUACUUCUACGAUUCACCUAAACGUACGAAGCCGAAGGGGUUGAUUGAUCUGUCGUGCGCCUAUUUGUAUCAGGUCCACGAGUCCCUGUGGGAGCGUGAAUUUUGUUUCCAAUUAGUGGAAAGGGCGCUGCCGUGUCUCUCGACGCACACUUUCCUCGCUGCGUCCACCGCAACCGAACUACGAGGAUGGCUGGACGCUUUGCGUCCGUUGUGUGUACCGCAGCAAGCCAGGCAUCAGUCUAAAGUAUCUCGUGUGGUAUGGCUCCGGGCAUUGCGCGUACGUUGUGUGACCGCUCACCGGCUGCCGGCCCGUUUGGCGCCGCGUCCGUACCUACGCUUGGCGUUAGGCGCUGCGCCCGUCGCACGUACGCGACCGCGGCCAUCUCCCGACCCUCAUUGGGAUGACGAGUUUGUCUUUGAUGAUGUCCCUCCGGACGUUACCGCAUUCACUAUUACUGUGCAUAAUACCGGCAAGAGAGGAAAGGAAUCUGAGGUGGCCGAGUUGACGAUAGAAUUGGCGAAUCUCGCGAAUGGUGAAGAAGUUGAGGAGUGGUAUCCGCUAGCUGGAAUGACUCCUAUAGGUGAAUGGGGUUCGCUAAGACUGCGUAUCAGAUACAUGCAAGAACUAGUAAUGCCUCGUGAAGAAUACAACCCACUACGACAACUGCUUCUAGAACCGGGUUUGCCCGCUGUUAAGGCGCUCGCUGAUUUAUGCAGGACGGACAGACAACCUUUGGCUACGUCGGUCCUUCACGCAUUUUCUGAGUGCGGUCGUGGUGCAGAACUGGCCCAUGAAUUAGCGGCGGCGGAAGUAGUGCGUGAAGCGGAUCACAGAGCGUUGUUCAGGGGCGCCUCUCUCGCCACCGCUGUACUGGAUGAGUUUAUGCAUGCUCUGUGUAAACCUUUCCUGCAGGCGGCGAUAUCCGAAACAGUUCAGAAGUUAAUAGACGCGAAGCAAUCGGCGGAAUUGAAUCCAACUAAAAUGGACUCGCCUGACGAUGCCUGUAACAACGCCGAGUUUCUGCUCCUGAUUCUUGACCAGAUAACAUUAUCAAUAUUCACGUCUCCCGAGGCCUGUCCUCGGCCUGUCCGUUACUUGUGCGGGUGUUUGCAGCGUGCAGCCGUCGCGAAAUGGCCCAAUGAGAGAUUUGUUCGAACACGGGUUGUUUCUGGUUUCAUAUUCCUUCGCCUUAUAUGCCCGGCCCUAGUGGAGCCCCGAGCGUGGGGUCUUCUUAGUGCAGCCCCACCACCACACGCACAGAGGUCACUACUCAUGGUCGCCAAAUGUCUACAGAAUCUUGCUAAUCUCGUUGAGUUUGGCGCAAAGGAGCCAUAUAUGGAAGUUGUCAACCCAUUUAUUUUGAAGAACAAGGAACGGAUGGUCGUAUUUUUAGAUCAACUCAGCUCAGUGCAAGACCCGGGAAACGUACAGACGAAUACUAACAAUAACUUCGAUAUAGCCAAAGAGCUGGCGACAAUUCAUCACAUCUGCGUGUCUCACCUAAGUGAGCUGCAGACAUUGUCGAAAAGUCAACCCGCUAUACGGAAACUGGUCACUGUAACGGAAAUGCUGACGAAACAUAAGCACAAGUAUCUGGAGAUGAUCAGAUAAGAUACGCCUUUAUGUCACACAGGGUAAAAGCAAGAAAGCGUAGAGGUAGUCGCCUUCGGGUCUUAGUCGUACGCGUGUAGUCAUUUUAGCUUUAGCGUUCACUUUCACAUUUGGGCGUUACAAUAUCAGAAAAUAUAAACAGUACAGAAAUUUCAUUCUAGUUGACAUCGAUUAAAAAUUAUUAAGGAAAUGUAAUUAUAGUCUCAGGAGUAGAAAAGAUCAAACAAACGCGCAGAUUCAGUUUAAGUAAAGUAAUUUUGCAUAGACUAUAGAAAUAGUGGGAACUCUUUGAUACAGAUUCUUAUAUUAAUAAACUAUGAAUCAGUUCAAUUGCACUUUUUCAACCGAGCGUUUAAGUCCAUUACCGCUAUGUUUCCAGCUGUCCGUCGAGAUAUUUCCGAUUCAAUUCGACUUAGGGUCCUUCAAGAAAAGAGCGUUCUAAUUCUUAAAGGCAGGCCUCAAAGGAAAUCUGCCCAUUUCACCCUGUUCUAUAAAAAAUGAAACAAAUAGUCUUUUGUCUCUUUCUGUCAUUGUGUGUUUAUUCCGUGAUAAAAAGAUACAGAUGAGUACUAUGGUUAUAACCUUAUAACACUGAUUAUUUUUUAUGAAUAACUUGACCUUAGUAGGAAACGAAAAUUCUGUUUUUUUUUAUAGUUAUACAUUAUUCGAUGUCAACUAGUUUUGUAUUUCUUCGGUAUUUAUGUUUAACGUGCCAAAUGAAUAUAAUCAUAUUAUUCCAAAAAGACUGUGACCAUCAUUGUCAUUUCCAAAGAAAUGGCGAUUCUAUGUAACACUGACAAAUGACGCAUUGUCAUUAGGUUGAUAGCUGUUAACAGUAGCAUCAUAUUUGAAGACAAACAGUUUCUUGAAUGACAUUGACUGCCCUAAUAACGAGUGUGACGUUGGUACUCAGAGUCGUUAAUUAUAUUAUUCCUAAAGAUGUAUUAAAAACUCAGCCCGAGUAGUUACCGACUGAAGUAUAUAUUGGAUCUUUCGUUAUUUUACAAGCUCAACUUUUUUUAAAUCUUAACAUGUCUUAAAUAGUCUUUACACUUAAUUACCCACUCUGAGUGCAGCUGAAAAACAUGUGUAUAAGCAAUGCAAUUCCAUAAUAAUUUUUAUAUCACUGCCUAAGUUACAGAAAUAGCUCUCUAGAAUCUAAGUCGUAUUUAUUGUAAGUAGUUUUAGGAAUACGGAAUUUAUUACCUACUCCGCUUUUGUAUUUUUUAUAAAUCAUAGGAGGUUUUAAACAAAAUACCUCGCUACAUAUUCUAAAACUGCAUUUUUUAUGAUAUUUUUUGCGCUGAAAGAGUUUAACCCACUAUAGCCAAGUUAAUCAGUUUUGAUACUGAAAACGUCACGAACUGUAGACAGACAGUACUAGGUGAUAAAUAUCAACCCUUGGAAACUGAUAACUAAUUUCCGCUCGAUUGAGCGGCCAACAUCACAAGCAUGACCAUUACUAUAAUAAGAUUAAAAUUGAAUAAUGGAUAAAAAUAAAUAUCCUAUAAAGUCGCUCUUAAGAUAUUAAGUAGCAAGUAAGAUUUAAAUCUACCCUCGGAGAAAGUAAAAUAUGAAUCAUAGAGAAAACAGCUAUUGAAAAGAGAUUGAAUUUGUUUAUGAUAGAAUGAUCCACGAAAUCGUAACUAGAAGGUUGUCUCAUUCCAGUGUUUUGGCAAUAUUUAUCACCCUGUACUGUAUUGAAUCUUAAAGUAUUAGCUGUUCUAUACAGCGUCUAAAAUUUUUGCUAAAAUGUAUCCUAGAUUUAGACUAGAAAUAUAAGGUAUAGUUCGAUCGUGAUACACCAAAAAUUAGGCGAAUGGAGCUUUAGGUAUACCAGAUUCAUGAUUCCCUGCUCCGCACUUCCUACAAUUAUUCUCUGUGAUAGUGUUAAGAAAAACUUCCAAGACUUGUUUUAUUUACUAUGCAUAUUAUUUUGUGUGCAAUAAAACCUUAAAUUUGACACAUACAAUUUGGUUUCGUAGAUAUUUGAUUUAUGUUAUUUAGAGUAUAGGUGUUUCGGCAUUGUGUUACCAUGUUGAUAUAAGAAAUCAAAAUGAUUUUGUUUUUAAAAAUUUCUUAAUCUUUUGGAUUAAAUAUUGAUUUGUAAUGUUUUCUUGUAUAACUAAACUAGUAAUGUGAACGAUCGUAAUCUGCUUCAUUCUGUAUUUGAGUUGUCUGCAGAAUAAAUGUACGUACACACUUUUAAAUUUGGUAAAUUAGCAUAAAAACUUAAUGCCUUAAUAUCCUUUACGAGGUGAGCUCGUAUAGAUCAAUUAGCUUGGAGAGACGUUUCUGCAUUUGUAAUCUCUCAUUCAGUGAAACUGGAAAGAACAGAUUCGCCUUGUCAUCUGUCGCUUAAAAUAGCGGUAGAAACUUCACGAUUAUUAUUUAAUAAAUAUGUUGAAUAUUAAGAACUAAAAAAACGAAUUUGCUGGUAGUAUAUUACUACAAACUUAAAACCGACUAAGCUGAAUUAUUGUAUGUAACUUAUGGCAAUACCUACAACAGAACCACAGGAGAAAAUAUUAGUACAUGUUUUUUUUUUAGUUAAAUUUAAUUUUUAAUUGUUAAUGAUGCGACCUCUCGAACUUGCUGUAAUUGAUUACGGAUACGGCUAUAAUUAUUUUUAUAUUACGAAUUCUCGUUGUGAAUUCUUUAUGCUCAAUUUUAAAUAUUUCUUUAUUGUGCCAUACUCUUCGUAAAUUAUUUGUUGGACUGGUUUCUAAUGUACUUAUUAAAUUAUCUUAGCAUUGGUUAACCAUGUCGUAAAAUAUAACUAAAAGUUAAAUAUGAUAUAUGUAUGAGAAAAAAAUCAUUAUUUGCUUAAUGAAAAGCAAUUUUAUUCCUUGUGGAAUUGAUACACAACAUUCUUUUUAUAUA